AUGGAAGCGUUGAUUUCACACCUUCUGUUGAGCGCCAGCUACAAACUGGGGCUGCCGUAUGGCGACUCUCCACUAAAUCUUAGCCUCAGCAAGUACGAGAGCCACACGUGCGAGCGCUUUGUUCAGUCUGAAGAUCUCCGGAGCGAGACGUUUGAUGCUUCAGACGCCGAUGGGGCGACAUGUUCUGACAACAGUGCCAACUCUUCUAUCAAUGAGGACGGUAUUUGCAUCACACGUAAUGCAGAGACAUCGCCUCGCUUGCUUCCAUUUUCAAUUGACGCCAUAUUGCGAGAUACCAAGCCGAGUUCAACCGGAUAUUCCCGUCACGCAGUGGUGACCAGUGCGCUCUCCCCAUAUCCUGAAAUUACAUACAGCGGUUCUCAGAGAAGCCGGAUGGAACUUUCGGAGGGUAAUGUGUUCUGGUGUCAUGUGUGCAACGCCUUCUGUUUGGACGAUAUCGACGCUAAGAACCACCAUACUUUACACUGUGUGCAAGGCGACACAUGCAAUCUCCGGAAGUCGCUGCUCGUCGCGCAUGGCUUCGUCUCGCGCCACACUCGCUUGAACGAGGAGAAGAUCCACUGCAGCCUCUGUGACAAGGCGGUGUCUCAAUGCUUCUUCAUCAAACACCAGCGUCUCCACGACGGCCAUAUAUGUGACGUCUGCCGGAAGGAGUUCUCCACCAACAGCCGCUUGAAGGAUCACAUGAACGUCCACAUGGGAGCGAUGCCGUUUUCAUGCACCAUGUGCGACCGGAAGUUCGCCAAGAGAUCUUCCCUGACACAACACAACCGCUACCACAGGGAUCAUAGAAGUUUUAAGUGCGGCUACUGCUCCAAGAAGUUUAACAGCAAGUACGCACGCGCAGUUCACGAGAGACUCCACACGGGAGAUAACCCAUUUCAGUGCCCGGUGGCAGAGUGCGACAAGAGUUAUCCACAGAAGAUCCAACUGAAACUUCAUUUGUGCUCGCACAAAUAG